AUGGACUCUGACAGUGAAAAACCUGAGAUAGACUCAGACUCAGAAAAAUACCCCAUAGCUUCUGCAUCUGUGAAACACCUGCUGAAGGCAGAAAAAUGCCAAAUGGCCUUAGAUUCUGUAAAACGCCUGAUGGAAUCUGAAAAAAGAUUGAUGGAGACUGAACAACACUGUAUGUUCUCUGCUUCUGAGAGGUAUGUGAUGGACUCAGACGUGGAAAGUGAUGGAAUGGGCUCAGCUUCUGCACCUGGGGUACAUUUGAUGGGAGAAGAAAAACACCAGGAGAAGACUAGAUCUAAGAUAUAUAUGAUGGACUCUGAGUCUGAAACAUGUAGGAUGGACUCAGAAAGAUAUGGGCUAGCCUCAGGAGCUGUGAAAUGUCUCAUGGAUGCUAAAACAUCCCAGUUGAGCACUGACACUGAGAAGCGCUGGAUGGAUUUUUGGUCUGAAAGACGCACAACAGACUUAGAUUCUGAAAGCCUGGGGAUAGCUUCUGAUUCUGUGAAACACAUGAUGAAGGCUGAAAAUUGCCAAAGGGCCUCUCACUUGGAAAAAUUCUGGAUGGACCUCAGGUCUGAAUCUGAAAGAUGCUGGACUGAUUCUGAAAGACAAGAGUUGGACUUUGGCUAUGGAAGAUGCUGGGACAGCUCUAGAAUAUAUCGACAUAGGUCUGCAAGACUUCAGGGUAGCUCUGAAAGAUGUCAGGAUGACUUUCAAAAAGAGUGGGAUAACUUAGAAAGACAUGAAAUAGACUCUGAUUCUGAAAAACAUCAAGCAAAUUCUGAUAAUGAAAGAUACCAAAAUAAGUUUGAAAGUGAAAGACACAUGAUGAAGAUGAAGAGGAAACAGUGUCUGAUACAAUCUGAAAAUCAGAGACUUCAAGUGGAUGAAAAGAGGGAAAGAUAUCUUGUGGAGUCUUACAGCGAAAAAGAGCACAGGAUUGUAUCUGACAAUGAAAGACACCACCUUGACUCAGAAAAUGAAGCGCAACGGCUUGGUGCUCGCAGAAAGGAUAAUCGUCCUCAGGGUUUUUGGAGGCCUGUUUUCCUGUCACCUCCACUUGGCCAAGGAAGGGAAACCGAAGAACAACACUCAGUGCAACAAAUUGAUAACAAAGUUUCCAGAAUUCAACUUAUAAGAUACCUGAGUGAUGACAAGAUUGUGAGAUUCAAAGAGGUUUCUCCAACUCUCACUCAUAAGCAAGACUCACAGCCAAAGUUAAAGGAAAAGCACAGCCACAACCCUUAUCCAGACCGAAACACAUUCAUGGAUAACAAGCAUCACAGAAAUGCCAGCUACAAAAUUUCUGUCUCUAAGAGUCGUUGCAAGAACUAUAGAUACCAACAGACUUUUCAGAGUUCUGGGUUUCAGAUGAAUUCUAUUCAUCUCCUAAGUGCUGAGGAUUACACCUCUGAAGUUUCAGCACCCGCCUGCCACCCCACCUCCAUGAGCCCUUGGUCUGCUGUAUGCCUUAAGACUCACACUGGAGCUCCAAUAUGUUCCAAAUGUUUCAUGGAAAUCAAUAAUUCUUUUCAUAAAUGUCUCAUGAAUUCUGAUGAUGAUUCAGACCCUGACUGUCCUUUACAUUUCCAAAUUUCCUUGGAUUCUAAAUAUUUUCUGAACCCCAAAUCUAUUAAACACUGCAAGACUUCUCAGAACAGACCUUUAUCUCAAUCCCUGGAUCCUAAGCAUCCUGUGGACAUCCGCUGCCCUCUACACCAGGAGGAUUCUAAAUAUUCCUUGGGUUCGACUACUUAUUUACCUUGUAAAAGUUGCUCAGCUCUCCAAAAUCUCAUAGACUCUACUGUUACCCAUACCUUUCCCCUGAAUCCUCAAAAUACCAUGGCCCACCAUAAUACCCCUGACCCAGACAAUGUUAUCAACACUAGCAAUGUUGCUAGCCUUAAAAGUGAGGGCAAGUUUAACCUUAUUGCCAAACUUGAAAAUGAGGCCAAUCCUGACAAUGAGACUAAACUGGUCAGUGCUGGCAAUCUCAAAGAUAAGGCCAAUGCCGAAGACAAGCCUCUUCUCAAAGAUGACACAGACUGUGAAGAUGAGACAGACUCCGAAGAUGACAAAGAUUCUGAAGAUGAAAUAGACUCUGAAGAUGAAAACAACACCAAAGAUAAGAAAGAUCCCAAAGAUAAGUCUGACCCUGAUGACACUGAUCCCAAAGAUAGCAAUGCUGAAAAUGAUGCAGGCACAAAUAAUGGUUCUGAUCCCAGUGGUGAUGCUGACCCUACAAGUGGAGCUGAUUCCAACAGUGAUGGUGACUCUAACAAUGGAACUGAUUCCAACAGUGAACCUGACUCUAACAUUAAUAAUGCCACUAACAAUAAUGCCAACUCCAAAUAUAGUACUGAUUCUGAGGAAGACAAACACACUAACAAUUCAGGAGAUGCCUCUGGCCUAGACAGUCAUGUUGUUCAGAACUGUACUGCUGAAUCCAACAAUGACACUAAUCCAGACUACACCUCUAGGCUCCAAAAUGGAACUGGCUUGGACUACACGUCUGGUUCCAAUAGUGGUGCUGGGCCCAGCAAUGCCAGUGGGUCAGGCAAUGACAUUUGCUCCAACAAUGGUACUGGCCCUAGCAAUGGACCUGGCCCCAACAACAAUAGACUUGGCCCUAACAUCAAAGUAUCUGGCUUCCAAAACAAUGGCUCUGACUCCCAAAAUAUCAGACCAGGUCCCAACGACUCUGGCCCCAACAUCAAUGGCCUUGGCCCCAACAAUAGCCCUGUCCCCAACAACAAUAGUCCUGGCUCCAACCAUAAUAGCCCUAGCCUUAAGAAAGACUCUGACUCUAACUUUAAUUCCAGGCCUAGUAAUGCUACUAAUCACAAUAGUGCUAUUAGUCCUAACAAGGAUACUGACUCCAACUAUGAUACAAAACCCACCAGUGCUGCUGGCCGCAACUACGCAGCUAUCUCAAACUAUGACUCAGACUUUGACUAUGUCCCAGGAUUUACCCAUGCAGUAGGUUCUAGCUUUGUAGUCAAUCCCAACUAUAUUGCCAGAAACAGCUAUGCUGCCAGACCCACCUCUACAUCUAACACUGUCAAUGUCACUGAUACCAGCAACACCACUAGUUAUAGUGGUACUGUUAGCCCUAGCUAUACUGCUGGCACCAACUGUGCCUCAGAUAGUAACCAUGACCCUAGAUUUACUCAUAUCAUUGACUGUAACUCUGUAAUCAACCCCAAUUAUGAUGCCAUAGGUACUCAUAAUGUUCGUAAUUCUACUAGUACUAGCAAUAUUAAUAAUCUCUCUGAGCCAGAAUUGGAAAUUGGUGCUGAUUCCUCUAUUUCUAAUAUUUUUUAUGGUAACUCUCCCACUUUUGCUGCUGGCACUAUUUACACUUCAACUCUUGAAAAUCUGACCACCUCUAAGUUUUAUUAUUCAUCUAAGCUUGGUAGAAAUUAUACAACUUUUGAUGAACACAAAUGUAGUGCCUGCCUCAAAGUCUUUGCUGGCUCCAUGGACUCUGCUAGUUUUCAUCAUGCCACUGAGUCCAAGGAUGUCCUUGAUGCCAAGGAAUGUAGCUUUUUAAAAGAUUUCUCUAGGGUCCAGAAUUCCAUUGGUAUCAAGGAUCUUGCCAGUUUAAAUUUCCACUCCAAUUCAAGUAUUUUGCUCCCUAGUUUUGAUAUUAUAGUAGAAGCUGAACUACCAGAUGUUGUGAAGUUUGCUAUAUCAUCAGGUGCUGCGAAUCAAUUUUUUAAGGUAUGCGAGCCGUGGAAGAGAGGAGACGAGGUAUCCAGUAUUACUUCUUCUUUGACCCCUGUAGCCAGCAACAUGGUUUUCCAUUUGAAAGACCCAUCUGCUAUACAACUGACAAAUAGCAAAAUGGCCUUGAUUGUACUGUGA